AAUAGUUAGUACAAGUGUACUUAUAAUCUCUGUUUUAAAAUACUUUGAAAUAAUUUUAAUAUUGAUAUAUUCCACUUGAUGCUUCUACCAAAAUGAGUUCUAAAGAUAUUAAACGUAAACUUAAAGAAGCUCGUGAGCUAGUAAAAUUGAAAGAAUUUCCUGAGGCCAUUAACAGAUGCCGGGAAAUUUUGCAAAUAGAAAAAGACAAUUAUUUAGCUUUAGUAAUGUUGGGAGCAUGUUAUCAAGAUUCAAACAAAGAAGAAGCAACUAAAUAUCUUAAGAGAGCAAUGGAAAUAUCAACAUCAAAUGACCAAAAUCUGGCUUUACUGGGCUUGAUGUCUUGCGCUCCUGAAGAAGAUUUACCAAUGGUAUUUCUUAAAUUGCUAAGACAACAGCCGGAAAAAUGUAAAGAAAAUUAUAAAAAGGUAUUAAAUGCAUGCCUCAGUGUAUCAGAUGUAACAUCACUUAUAAAAUCUUUUUACGAUGAAACAAAAUAUGUAGCAUCCGAUUGCAAAGCUAAUGAAUUACGAUUGCAAUUAGCUUGGUCUAUAAUUGUUGAAAUAUUAAUGCAGAAUCCAGAUAGAGCAGAAGAUUUGUUUAUGGAUAUUUUUGAAGAAGCUCUAGAAUUUACUAUAAUAGACCAAAACAUUUCGAAACGCCAAGAAAGAUAUGGUCGACUUAUAGGGAUCUUCUAUAAAAAACGCAAACAUGAACAUUUAUUGAACAUACUUGUAGAAGCUAUUGACAUUUAUGUGAACGAAACAUAUUUUUUGGAAUGGUUCGCCAAAAUAUACAUUGAUAUGCCUGAUUAUGUUGAAAUGAAGGUUAAAAAUACGUCAAAAUACAUCCAGGAUUUAAUAAAAAGAAAUUCAUUAUCGAAAGUUGGAUUAAUGGCCCAAGCUAUAAUAUUUUAUAGGGCUAGAAAUUUUCAAAAUGCACGCGAUAGUGCACUUGCAGUUUACAAGAUUGAACCAAAGUGGCACAAAUGCAUUAAUCUCUUGUACGAUAUCUUCAUAAACUUAGGGGCUUUUUCAACGGCUGAGUGUUUGUAUAAUCAAAACUCAGAAGUCAUUCCAAUUGAUAUACGGAUUGUUAGGUGUUUAGUUUAUCAAAAUGAUGUAGACAAGUCGAUGAAAGGUAUUGACCAUUGUAAAUAUCUCUUAAUUAAAGAACAAGAACCAACCAAGCAAAUUGAAAUUCUUAUACUUUUAACAAAGGCAUUUUUGAGUUGUGAGGAAUUUGAUCGUGCUGAUAAGACGAUUAAAAAAUUGGAAUCUUUGAAUUGUGCCUCAGAUAUAACUUCUACGUUAAAAUUUUUAAAAUCAUCUCAAAGCAAAUCAUUAUUAACAAAUGAACAUUUUUCUACGAACGAUGUACUUUUGAUGGAUAGUAUGCUCGUCUUAGAAAUUGGUUUGACAUUUCUAAAACUUAAAGACACAAAAACCGCUAUUUUAUAUAUUUUAAAAGCCGCUAAAAUGGACAAUUCGAAUUCUGAAAUAUUUUACUGGCUUGGAAAAGCUUAUAAUGAACUUGGUGAUAAAGAUCGAUGUAUUAAAUGUUUAAAAAAGUCCAUUGAGAUAGAUUUUGAAAAUUCAAAAGCUGUGCAACUCUUAAGUGCAAUUUACCUUAAACAAAAGGAUUUGGAGCAAAACAAUGAGUUGUUGCAAAGAGCUAUACAAUACACCUACAUAUCUAGUACAAAACGGGCAUACUUUCAGCUAGGAUUAAAUUAUUUGGCUAAAAAAGAAUACAAUGAUGCAGUUAAUGCUCUCAGAUCAGCAUUAAGAUUUAAAAACCCAGAAUUACUAUUUUAUUCAAGUUUAGGAGAUGCCUACCAAGCACGAGGAUCGUAUAGAUCUGCUUUGAAUAUGUAUGAAAAAGCGAUGAAAAUGAAUAUCACAUGUCCUGAAGAUGCAACGUAUAUUCGUUAUCAAAUAUGCUGUAUUUACAGAACUUUACAAAAAUUCAAAGAAGCACUGAGUGGAUUUGAAAAACUAUUGAACGAAAAUUGUAAUUAUGCUCCUGCAUUAGUGGGCAUCGCAGAGACAUUCUAUCAUCUGGCAAUUUUUUAUGCCGAACAGCACCGUUAUACAAGAGCACGACAGAACGCCCAAAAAAGUUUAAACUAUUGUACUAAACUUUUAAAAUUAAAAUGCGAUUUUGUGUAUGUUUGGAAACUUUGCGCGGAUAUUUUUAACUUUGUAUGGAAACUUAAUAAUCAGAAUCGCUUUCUGCAAUUACCAGAGGAAUUUCAAGGGUCAACUAAGGAAAAAGACUGUAAUUUGAUGCACUUAUCAGUCAAAUGUCUUUCAAAAGCCAUAUCACUAUGUCCUAACGACCAUAUUUUAUGGAGACAAUUGUCAAAAACUUACUUAUCAUGUACAAAUUCAUAUGUAAAAAAUAUUAAAAUCAUAAGACAUCUGAUAACUUUGGCACAUAGGUCGGCAAAGUACGCAAUUCAAUUGGAGCCAAAAUCCUGGGAGAACUGGAAUUUACUAGGUGUAAUUUCAAUUCUUCAACCAGAGAAAAAUCUCGCACUUUCUCAACAUUGUUUCAUACAAGCAUUGAAUAUCGAAAAACGUUCGGAAGUAUCAUGGUCUAAUCUUGCUCUUCUGUAUUUAUCUCAGGGAAACAUUAAAUUAGCAAAUAACGCAUUUGGAAAAUGUCAACAAAUUAAUGAAAAAUUUGUCAACGCAUGGGUGGGACAAGCAGUUAUUGCAGAAAAAAUUGGAGAUAUUGAUGAGGCUGUCGAUCUUUACAGGCAUAGCACCGAGCUUGGUUUCAGUAGACAGUCUGCUUUUGGAUAUACUAAUAGCAUUUGUUCUAUCCUCAAUGAAUCUUCAAAUUUAAAAUCUGUUCUUCCAAAAUACUCAUAUUUGAUGAAUAACAUGAAUGCUGUGGUUUUAGCUAUAGAUCAAAUUAAUUGGUUUAAUGACUGUGUAGAAGCUGAAUCACAUUACUUGACGAAUACCCAGUCAUUCUGUUUUUUGGCUCAUUUAUGUGUUGAAAAAGAGCUUUACAUUAAUGCUGUGAAAGCAUAUACGGCAGCGCUUAAAUUUGCUGACCUCGACAACAAACAACAAGACAAUAUUUUAUGUGACCUUGCAUUUGUGUACAUAAAACUGCAAAAAUUUCAUUUAGCCAUUGAGACAUUUAAAAAAAUGUCAAGAUCCCAGCUCAAAUCUACAGUUGGUAUGGCGUUGUCAUAUUUUAAAUCACAUGAUUAUGAUACGUCGUACAAUAUUUAUGGUAAUGCAUUGGAAUCAUUUUCAAACGAUGUACAAAAAUCAUCAAUAUUAACUGCAAUGUCAUCAAUUUUAUAUCUACAUCAAGGAGAAACAGAUGCUAAAACUCUUCUUUUUCAAUCAUUCUGCGAAAAAAAUUUAUCAGCAUUUUUCAGUUCAUGCUCUAUGGGUCUUCUUCAUGGAGAUUUUCAGUUAGCUAAAUUGGCAAUAAACCAAAUGAAAAAGUAUGAGUACGAUCCUCAAUUUGGAAAUGAUAUUGUUUUUGUAACUACUCAAUAUUUAUUAUUGACCAGUAGCACAAAAAAGGCGAUCAAUUACGUGUCGACCAUGAUUCAUUGUUUUCCUGAUAGAUCAGAAUGGAGAAGAAUUCUCAGUAAUAUAAUGAUUAGUUCAGGUGAAAAAAGUUAUGAUGUAUCUGUAGCCAGGUUAACUUCAAGCAACAUUUUACUAGACAAAAGCUACAGCGCAGUAAACACAGCUCAACUAUUAGCUUUAGCUUCAAUAUCAAUUUCAAAAACGGACCUCCGAAAAUCAAAAAUAUAUGCUCAAAAGGCGAUUUUUUUAAACCCUGUGUGUAAAGAAGCUUGGAUUGCUUUUCAUAGAUUCUAUUAAAUCGGUUUGUUUACAUAAAACUUUAAUUUAAUUCAAAAAUCAUUCUAGAAAUAAAAAAAAUACUUUAUGAGCGCAAAAUACAUAUAUUUGUUUUUUUUUUAUAAAGUCUAUUUAAUGAAAAAAAAAGAACUUUAUUUAUUACUGACAAUUUGAAAAUUUCGAAAACUAAUAUGGUGCAGUUUUUAAAGUCAUCAUCAUUAAAAAUCUCCAUGCCACUUAUAAACUAAAAUAAUAUUAUUAAAUACAAUACAAUAAUGUUUUAUUUUUUCGACUUAAUUUACAUGAGAUGACUAUACUUAAGUUACAUAAAUAAUUUUAUAAACUUUUAAAGGGACUCUACAAGGCACAGAUUUUAACGGUAAAGGAUAUCACAAUAAAUAGACUAAUUAAAACUAAUAUCACAGCAUCACGAUUCGAUCCUUUGAUGGGACAUGGCCGAUGGCAUUUGGU